ACCAGCAACUCAAGACAGUAAUUGGUCAUUUAAACGUGAUGACAGAGGUAAUGGAGAUUCAAGCACAAAUGGUAAACUUCCAAGAUCUUUUAUGGAGAUGCCUAAAGACCCCAGAGAAAAACCAACAUCUAAUAAAGAAAAACCAGAAAGGCAUGAUAAUCAGUUAUCAGCAAGAGGGGCUUCAUAUGCAGGUGACAGGGCUCCAAAACCUAGGCAAUUCAAUGAUCCAGGAUAUGUUCCAAGUAGUCUUGCGAGUAUAAGUCGGGAUAUGCCACUAGAAUAUGAUCCCCAAAGCUUAAGUGAUGAGUCUCGUGGUAGGUUAUCUGAAAGCAGGAUAAAAGAUAAUGUAAGAUCAAAUAUUCACCAAGAUCAAAAAGAUCAACUGGGAUUAAGAGAUUUCCAUGAUCCAAGAGAUGGUGUAAGAUCAAAUGUUCACCAAGAUGAAGGAGAUCAUCCAGGAGCAAGAGAUGGCAAUGAUCCAAGAGACAAUGUUAGAUCAAAUAUUCACCAAGAUCACAGAGAUCAUGUGAGAACAAGCGAUGGUCAUGAUUCAAAAUCGAAUAUUCCGGAAGAUCAAAGAGAUCGCACGGGAGCAAGGGAUGGCCAUGAUCAUAGAGAUGGUGUAAGAUCCAAUAUCCCGGAAGAUCAAAGGGAUCAUUUGGGAGCAAGGGAUGGCCAUGAUUAUAGAGAUGGUGUAAGAUCCAAUAUUCGGGAAGAUCAAAGGGAUCGUAUGGGAGCAAGGGAUGGCCAUGAUCAUAGAGAUGGUGUAAGAUCCAAUAUUCCAGAAGAUCAAAGAGAUCGCAUGGGAGCAAGGGAUGGCCAUGAUCAUAGAGAUGGUGUAAGAUCCAAUAUUCCAGAAGAUCAAAGAGAUCGCAUGGGAGCAAGGGAUGGCCAUGAUCAUAGAGAUGGUGUAAGAUCCAGUAUACCGAAAGAUCAAAGAGAUGGUGUGGGAGCAAGGGAUGGCCAUGAUCAUAGAGAUGGUGUAAGAUCCAAUAUACCAAAAGAUCAAAGAGAUGGUGUGGGAGCAAGGGAUGGCCAUGAUCAUAGAGAUGGUGUAAGAUCCAAUAUACCAAAAGAUCAAAUAGAUGGUGUGGGAGCAAGGGAUGGCCAUGAUUCAAGAGAUGGUGUAAGAUCCAAUAUUGCGGAAGAUCAAAGAGAUAGGGAUGGCUAUGAUCAUAGAGAUGAUAGCUUGCAUAAUUCCAGUUGGAAUAGCAAAAUACGUAAGCCAGUGAUGCAAGAAAAGUUUGAUGAUCCAACUUGCAUAAAAGGGAGUAAUGCCCAACAAUACACUAGUGGCCUUCUUGAUAAAGCUGGUACAAAGGCUAGUAGUGAACCUAGUUCUAGCUUAGAUGGCGGAUCAGGAAAGAUGUUAGUUUCAGACUCGCAUGUUGGGUUGUUCAGGAAAAACCAUGCAUCACCAAAUGAAAGG